CAUUAGCGAAUUAUUGCUCUAAUAAAGUCUUCCACAACAAACCAUCAACCGGAGAACCGUCUGCAACAACCACCGGCGUCGUGUAUGGCUACUGAAGCUGCUUCAUCUGCUACGCCGCCACCACAACCGCCGCCGCCGCCACCCCGUUACAAGUUCAUCCGGCCUCUUCUCCUCGCUGCCAGUUUUUCCAUCGGAGCUUACCUUUACACAACAACAAAUAAGGAGGAAAAGAGGGAGGGAGAUGAGCCUGUAACUGCCGUUUCCUCAACUCUUGCAUCCACCAACACAUCAACUGCUUCAGUGGGCCAUAGUUCAACAUCACCUCCGGCCAUCCGUGAACCCCUGGAACCAAUCCCGAUGGAUCAGCAGCGCGAGCUCUUGAAGUGGAUGUUGGAGGAGAAACGGAAAGUGAAAACAAAAGAUCCUCAAGAGAAAAAGAAAAUAGAUGAAGAAAAGGCGCUGCUUAAACAAUUGAUUCGAGCAAAGUCCAUUCCGUCUUUGUAAAUGAUUGUUCAUACAUGUGGAAUUGUACAUUUGGUUUGUUGUAUGUCGUGUAAAGUUGGAUCAUUGGGUGCAGUUCCUUCAGUUGUGUGUGUUGGAUCUCGAGUUCAAGGUUUGGUUUGGUUUUUAAAACAUUGAAUUGUAUGCUACAUGAAUCAUCUUGUUUGUUCAUACUCAUAGUGUUGAUGUUAAGGAGUGAAUUUAAACUUGUUCAUGCAA